UUUUGCAUAUUGAAAAAAAAAGUUUUGUAAUUGAUUACAUAUCUAGUUCUCACGGCCCGUUUAAGGGUUAAAAAUAAUUUUCAAGUUGAACUUCGUAGAAACCGUUUCAAUUUGCCCCGGCUUUCUUCAUAAUGCCUAUUUUGCCCUCGUGGGGAAUGUUUUUAGUGCGAGUGUCAAAUAGAUGAUAAGUCGAAUAAUCAACUGCCUGGAGAAAAAAGGUUUCACCGAUAUCUGCUCCAAAACUUAUUUUUUGAAUAGACACCUAUGUGAUGUCGCUCAGAGUGUUCACAGCGGUUAUCGUUUGGUACCUCCCUAAACACGAUUUCCUUCAGAAAAACAAAUAAUAAACACAUCACAGUUUCGAACCCCAGAGCGGUGCAGGAUGCCGAAAAUUUUCACUCCUACAAAUCAGAUCCGACUUACGAAUGUGGCCGUAGUGCGAAUCAAAAAGGCCGGCAAACGUUUCGAGAUUGCUUGCUACAAAAACAAGGUCGUCUCGUGGCGUACCGGCGCCGAGAAGGAUCUCGAUGAGGUGCUCCAGUCGGCAUCGGUUUUCACCAAUGUGUCCAAGGGUGAGGUCGCGAAAAAGGAGGACCUGCUGAAGGCAUUCGGGAAAGAUGACAUCACCGAGAUUUGCAAGGAAAUUUUGGCGAAGGGAGAGCUGCAGAUUUCGGAGAAGGAACGGCACGACCAGCUGGAAGCGAUGUUUAGGGAGAUUGCGACAAACGUUGCCGACCGGUGUGUCAAUCCGGAAACGAAGCGACCCUAUCCGGUGUCGAUUAUCGAGAAAUCAAUCAGAGAUAUUCACUACUCGAUUAAGCCGAAUCGAAAUGCGAAGCAGCAGGCCUUGGAGGUGAUAAAACUUCUGCAGGCGACAAUUCCGUUGGAGAGAGCAAAGAUGCGACUGAAAGUUACAUUGCCGCGGAAGGAAGCGAAGCGCCUGAAGGAUAAAAUUGUGAAGUUGUGUUCGCCACUGGAAGGCGAGGAAACCGAAGGAGACAAACUUGUGCUGAUUUGUCUGAUCAAUCCUGGACAUUACCGAGAGAUAGACGAGAUAAUCCAGAAGGAAACGAAAGGUAACGGCGUUUUGGAAGUACUGAACCUGAAGGAAAUCAAAGAAGGAGAAGAAGUACUAGAGUAGAUCUUAUUGCGUGUUAACUUUUUGUUGUUGUUUCUGAUUAAAAAUUACGUUCGUUAAUUUGCGGUAAUUAAAUGCUAUAUUUUUGCUACUAAUAAAAGACCAAAUUUUUUAUUA